UGGACCGCGGCGCAUGGCAUGAUAUGGUAUAUGUAUAUCGAAGAAGAAACCCCACGACUAACACAGUCAGCAACUAAAGGAAUUGGUCUAGAUAAGCUUACUAUUGUCGCACUAAAGAUAGCCUCUCUUUUAAGGUAUUUGUGUAGAAAGUCCCGGAGGGGGACUGCUGAUCGCUCCGCCACUGUCGCAGCUAAACCUACAGCUGCCGCAGGUGUAAUAUUCGGUAUGAAUAUUAUUCGCUUUUCGGCCUUGUAUGUGCUUCUCUGUCGUUGAUUGAGCCUUGUGUCAGAUGUCACUAUUGUUGGGAUUGGUUCACCUUCUCUUGCAUCCGUUCACAGAGUUCGGGAAUACCAACAGAUCUGGAGAAGAUACGACAAUCAUUACAAGGCUUUCCGAUAAUCUUGUCGCAUCUUUCGUGG